AUUAUAAUAAAAUGGGAUUGCAUCACAGAAAAUUGAUCCCAGAAAUAUGCGACUCCAUUUGUCACAUAAAGGAAUAUUUACCUAAUUGUUCAUCAAACAAAGAUUGCACUCUUUGCUUCAAUAUCUGUUUAACCAAUCUCCAAAACCCUUUUCAUUAUUCUUCACCACCACCGCAACAAGAAUUUCCAUUCUAAAAUUCAAAUCAAAACCAUCACAAAAUCGCCAAUUACUUCAUCAUCACUCUUUCUAUUCUUGCUUUUAUUUUCUUCCUUGUUUGUAUUCGUGCAAUUUAUGUCAAUUUUAGGUCAAGAAGAAGGAUGCUAAGGUUAAGGGCAGUGGCAAGGACAAGAGCACCACCACCACCAUCCUCAUCAUCAUUAUCAUCGAGGAUUCAACAAACUCUAGUGAUGAAUUUUGAUGAUGAACAACAACAUGAUUCUGUUGUGGAUCAUCCAAUUUGGUAUAUUCGAACCCUAGGUCUUCAACAAUCUGUUAUAAAUGCAAUUAGUGUUUGUAAGUAUAAGAAAGGUGAAGGGUUGAUUGAAGGAACUAAAUGUUCCGUUUGUUUGAGUGAGUUUGAAGAAGAUGAAAGUCUUCGGCUUUUACCUAAGUGUCAUCAUGCUUUUCAUUUACCUUGCAUUGAUACUUGGCUUAGAUCUCAUACUAAUUGUCCUAUGUGUAGAGCUCCAAUUGUUAAUACUAACCCUACAAUUGCGAGGGUUGAGUCUUUGGAAUCUGUUGUUGUUGAUUCUCAUUCAACUUCAUUGGAUGAUAGACAUGUUGAUGAAAAUAGUGGUGAAUCUGAAUCCAAUUUAGGGUUUCAAAAUAGGGUUCAUGAUUAUGAGUUGAGGAAUAGGGUAGAAGGGGAAGGAGGGCAAUUGGAGGUUUGUGAAAACGGAAGACCAGUUGUCGAUGCGGUUAGUGGCAGUAUUCGGCCUAGGAGAUCAGUUUCUAUGGAUGAUUCUUUUGUUGAAGGUAUCAAUAAUGUUGUUGCAACUGUUCUGUCAAAGGAAUCUAAUGGUGAUGAAGAUAGUGUGUCAAAGGUUAAUGGAAGUGAGAAUUUAGCAACUACAUCCAAAGGUGGUAGUAAUAGCUUUUCUUUUAGGUCAACAAGAUAUUUGCAGGGUGUUCAUAGUCCAAUGAAGACGUUGAUCCUUGAAUGGAAAUAG